AUGUUGCAUUUGAAAAGAAAUUUUAUAAAUAAACAGAGAUCGAUUAGUUCUUCUCUAUACAAAUAUACAACCGCAAGAGGUUUAGCCACUGCCAAGAAUAAUAUUGAUGAUCUAACUUCAAAAUAUAAUUUAAUUGAUCAUGAAUAUGAUUGUGUCGUUGUUGGUGCUGGUGGUGCUGGGUUGAGAGCUGCCUUUGGUCUUGCUGAAGCAGGUUUUAAAACUGCAUGUGUUUCAAAAUUAUUUCCAACAAGAUCACAUACUGUCGCUGCACAAGGUGGUAUCAAUGCCGCUUUAGGUAAUGUCCAUCCAGAUAAUUGGAAAUGGCAUAUGUAUGACACCGUUAAAGGUUCAGAUUGGUUAGGUGAUCAAGAUUCUAUUCACUAUAUGACUAAAGAGGCUCCUGCUUCAAUCAUUGAAUUGGAACAUUAUGGUAUGCCUUUUUCGAGAUUACCAGAUGGAAAAAUUUAUCAAAGAGCUUUUGGUGGUCAAUCGAAAGAUUACGGUAAAAAAGGCCAAGCUUAUAGAACGUGUGCCGUAGCAGAUAGAACAGGUCAUGCUAUGUUGCAUACUUUAUAUGGACAAGCUUUAAAUCAUGAUACUCAUUUCUUCAUAGAAUAUUUUGCAAUGGAUUUAUUAACACAUAAUGGGGAAGUCAAAGGUAUUAUAGCCUACAAUCAAGAAGAUGGUACUAUCCAUAGAUUCAAAGCUCAUAAAACAAUUAUCGCCACAGGUGGUUAUGGUAGAGCUUAUUUCUCAUGUACUUCUGCUCAUACAUGUACCGGUGACGGUAAUGCAAUGGUCUCGAGAGCUGGUUUCCCAUUACAAGAUUUAGAAUUCGUUCAAUUCCAUCCUUCAGGUAUUUAUGGUUCGGGUUGUCUAAUCACAGAAGGUGCAAGAGGUGAAGGUGGUUAUUUAAUCAAUUCAGAAGGUGAAAGAUUCAUGGAAAGAUACGCACCAACAGCAAAAGAUUUGGCUUCAAGAGAUGUCGUCUCAAGAGCCAUCACUAUGGAAAUCAAUGCCGGCAGAGGUGUAGGUAAAAAUAAAGAUCAUAUGUUAUUGCAAUUAUCCCAUUUACCACCAGAGGUUUUAAAAGAAAGACUACCAGGUAUUUCUGAAACAGCUUCAAUUUUUGCUGGUGUCGAUGUUACAAAACAACCAAUUCCUAUCUUACCAACUGUCCAUUAUAAUAUGGGUGGUAUUCCAACCAAAUAUACUGGUGAAGCUUUAACUAUCGAUGAAGAAACUGGAGAAGAUAAAGUCAUCCCAGGUUUAUUUGCCUGUGGUGAAGCUGCUUGUGUUUCCGUUCACGGUGCCAACAGACUUGGUGCUAACUCCUUAUUGGAUUUAGUCGUUUUUGGUAGAGCAGUAUCGCACACUAUAGCUGACCAAUUGCAACCAGGGUUACCACAUAAACCGUUACCACAAGAUAUUGGUAAAGAAUCUCUACAGAGACUAGACAGAAUAAGAAAUAGUUCAGGUAAGAUUCCAACUGCUGAUAUUAGAUUAAAGAUGCAAAAAGCUAUGCAAAAGAAUGUUUCUGUCUUUAGGAUUCAAGACACUCUAGAUAAAGGUGUAGAAGAAGUUACUGCAAUUGAUAAAACCUACAAGGAUGAUGUUCACGUUUCAGACAGAUCGAUGAUUUGGAAUUCUGAUUUAGUAGAAACUAUGGAAUUAGAAAACUUGUUAACUUGUGCCAUGCAAACUGCAACUUCUGCUGCUGCCAGAAAAGAAUCUCGUGGUGCACAUGCUAGAGAAGAUUAUCCUACUAGAGAUGAUGACCAUUGGAUGAAGCAUACAUUGUCAUGGCAAAAGAAUACUGGUGAUAAGGUGGAUUUGAAAUAUAGAAAGGUUAUUUACAAGACUUUGGACGAAAAGGAAUGUCCAUCAGUUCCACCAGCUAUUAGAUCAUAUUAG